UCCUUGCAAGGACACCCCUCUCACAAAACCAGACCAAACCCAAAAAAACACUUCAGCAACCAGAGAGAGAAAGGGAGAUGGAAAAAUCAAUUUCCGAUCACGUAAUUCUUUUCAUGGAGGACCAACAACACAACAUCAAAAACCAUGAACCACCACAACCCAUAAACCCAACUUCCAUUACCGAACCCAAAACCACAGCAACCCCACAAUUCACAUCAAGAACACAAACUCUCCGCAGACUCAGCUUUUCCAAACCCAAAGCUCGCAACGUCGAGUUCAACCUCCCUCCACCCACUCGCAAAACUACCACCACCACCACCAUCCCCGAAUACUCCGAUGAGCUCGAACCACUUAACCCAACAAACUACUCAACCGAUGACAGUGACGACGACGAAGAAGAAGAGUUUGAAGAGGGUGAAGAUGAAAUGGGAAGAGAAAAGCUCAGAAAGAAGAAAAAGAAGAAGGUGCACUGGAAAACUAUGGUGGAGUGGGCUUUGUUCAUCAUCAUAUUGACUUGUUUGGUUUGUUCUUUGACAAUUGAGUCUGUGAAGACUCAUAUGACUUGGGGUGUUGAGGUUUGGAGAUGGUGCUUGAUGGUUAUGGUGAUUUUCAGUGGAAGACUUGUUUCUGGUUGGGUUAUGGGUUUUGUUGUUUUCCUCAUUGAAAGGAACUUUAUGCUGAGGGAAAAAGUGUUGUAUUUUGUUUAUGGGUUGAGGAAGAGCUUUCAGAACUGUGUUUGGUUGGGACUGGUUUUGCUGUCUUGGACUUUCAUGUUCAAUCCUAAUGUUCAUCACAAGGACAAGAUGUUGGGGAAGCUGUUUAAAGCUCUGGUGGCAGUUCUAAUCGGAGCCACAAUCUGGCUGAUCAAGAUCGUCCUCGUAAAAGUCCUAGCAUCCUCAUUCCACGUGGCGACCUACUUCGACAGAAUGAAGGAGAGUGUGUUCCACCACUACAUCCUCAACACCCUCUCCGGCCCACCCAUGGACGAGGCGGCGUACGAGGCGGCGCACAACCACAACAACCACCACCUGGCGGAGUCGAAGACAUUGCCGGCGAAAUUGAGGAAAGGGGCGAGGAGUUUGUCGAAAUCGAUGAAGAGGUUUGGGUCGAGGAGAGUGGACAUUGAGAAGCUGAGGAAGAUGAGCCUGCAGAGCACGAAAUCGGCGUGGAGUGUGAAGAGGCUGGUGAAUUAUGUGAGGUUUUUUGGGUUGUCGACAAUUUCGAAUACUGUGGAUGGGUUUGGGAGUACUGAGUCUGAGAUUGGGAGUGAAUGGGAGGCUAGGAACUGUGCUAAACGGAUCUUCAAAAACGUUGCCAAACAGGGUGCCAAGUACAUUGAAGAGGAGGAUCUAAUGAGAUUCCUAACAAGGGUUGAGAUUCACACCAUCUUCCCUCUCUUUGAAGGAGCCCUAGAGACUGGAAAGAUCACCAAGUCUGCCUUUAGAAAUUGGGUGGUUCGAGCAUACUUGGAGCGAAAAGCUCUAGCACAUUCCUUGAACGACACAAAGACAGCAGUGCAUCAACUUCAUAAGUUAGCAAGUGCUAUUGUUAGUGUUAUCAUAAUUGUGGUGUCUCUCCUGGUGACGGGUUUGGCAACAACUAAAGUUCUACUCUUUGUCGUAACCCAGUUGGUUCUUGUGGGUUUCAUGUUCCAAAACAGCUGCAAGACUGUUUUUGAGUCCAUCAUCUUUGUCUUUGUCAUGCACCCUUUUGAUAUAGGCGAUCGUUGUGUAAUUGAAGGUGUUCAGAUGGUUGUGGAAGAGAUGAAUAUAUUGACCACAGUGUUCCUCCGAUACGACAUGGAGAAGAUUUACUACCCAAAUUCAGUUCUGCUCACAAAGCCGAUUAGCAAUUUUUACAGAAGUCCAGAGAUGAUCGAUUUAAUUGAUUUCACCAUCGAUGUCUCCACAUCCAUUGACUCUAUAAAUGCACUCAAAACGGCCAUCCAAACAUAUUUGGAGAACAAGCCAAAGCACUGGAACCCAAAACACUUGGUGAUGGUGAAAGAGAUUCAAGACAUGAACAAGAUGAAGAUGUGCCUGUGUGUCCAACACACCAUGAACCAUCAAAACUAUUUUGAACGAAAUUGUCGUGUGACAGAGCUCAUCCUUGAGUUGAAGAAGAUCUGUGAGAACCUUGGCAUCAAGUAUCGUCUUCUUCCUCAGGAAAUCCAUCUCACCCAAGUCGAUGCUGCCAACUGGAGGGCGCCGUUACAAUCUUGACAUGGAUCUUGGUUAGGAUCCCAAUGCUUGACGUUAAAAUGUGGCAAAAUUAUUGAAGCACCGUAAUCUCAAGAUACAAUCGUGCAACUAAUGCAGGCCCUUGCUGUUGUUAUAUAUUUCAAUAAUGAGGGUGGAUGUUGAUUUCCAGUAGUUAUAUAUGUAUGAGUAAAGUUAUGCAAACUAAUCAACCUUAUAAGGUUUUUGUUUUUCUAAUUAAUGUGACAUCUAUUAGACUAUUACACUGA